CGGAAGAGGCGGGGUUUCAUUGUGCAUCGCUCCCCCUGCGUUGGUCAUUCAACAUGGCAGCGGGACCAAUUUCAGAAAGAAACCAAGAUGCCACUGUAUAUGUUGGUGGUUUGGAUGAGAAAGUGUCUGAGCCGUUACUAUGGGAGCUUUUCCUGCAGGCUGGUCCUGUGGUCAACACACACAUGCCCAAAGACAGAGUCACAGGCCAACAUCAAGGCUAUGGCUUUGUGGAGUUCCUCAGUGAAGAGGAUGCUGACUAUGCCAUCAAAAUCAUGAAUAUGAUAAAGCUCUAUGGCAAACCGAUCAGGGUUAAUAAAGCUUCUGCACACAACAAAAACCUGGAUGUCGGUGCUAACAUCUUCAUCGGUAACCUGGACCCAGAGAUUGAUGAGAAACUGCUCUACGACACGUUCAGUGCCUUUGGUGUGAUCCUCCAGACGCCAAAGAUCAUGAGAGACCCAGACACCGGCAACUCGAAGGGUUAUGCUUUCAUCAAUUUUGCCAGCUUCGAUGCAUCCGAUGCUGCCAUUGAGGCCAUGAACGGCCAGUACCUCUGCAACAGGCCCAUCACAGUGUCGUACGCCUUCAAGAAAGAUUCCAAAGGAGAGCGUCACGGCUCAGCCGCAGAGCGACUCCUGGCCGCUCAGAAUCCACUCUCCCAGGCAGACAGGCCUCACCAGCUGUUUGCAGAUGCUCCUCCACCGCCAACGGCUCCAACGCCGGUCCUGACCACACUGGGAGCUGCGAUGGCCAUUCCAGGCUUGCCACCUCCUGGUGCUUUCCCUCCUGUUCCUCCACCUGGAUCGAUACCUCCAUCAAUGCCUCCUGCUAUGGCCAUACCACCAGUAGCUGUGACACCAGGCCCGCAGGGUGGUGGUGGACCUCCACCCGGACCACCACCGUUCGGUCCUGGCGGUAUGCAUCCAGGUAUGCCUCAGAUGCCCAUGCCUCCUCCUGCUCCUCCUGGCAUGGUGCCUCCACCUCCUGCUCCACCAGGAUCAAACCCACGGGCACCGCCGCCCCCCAGCAUGCCUCCACCCCCACCUAUGGGCAUGCCUCCCAGAGCACCGUAUGGACCUCCCACAGGCCCUCCUGUCCCUCCAGGCAUGAGAGGGCCUCCUCCUCCCAUGCCUCCACCUGGCUAUGGUGCCGGUCCUCCUCGACCACCUCCCUUUGGCUUCCAGAGAGGACCUCCGAUGCCACCGAGGCCCCCAGGUGUCCCCCCACGGGCUCCUCCGAGAGCACCGAUGCCAUCGUAAUUCCUGUUAGAUAACUGUCUGUCAUUUUGCUUUUUUAAAAACACAUCUUUAGACUUGCUCGAGUUUGUAAGCGUGAGAGUAAUUUAACCACCUGUUUGUAUUUUUGGGUUCUUUUGGUCAUUGUACAGAUGAACAACAAAUAAAAUUUUUAGUACAAUU